AUGACUUCACCGUCGGCUGUGGUGUGCCGUGAAAUAUUUGAUGAAAAUAGCCAACCAUCAGCCGAAGAAGUCUCUGACUAUGCCUGUCAGCUCGGCAUUGAUCCAGAGAGCGAGAGUCAUCUCCUACCCCUAGCUAGAGAUGGUCUCAUGCAAGCUCUGCCGGCACCAUGGAAAGCCUAUUUUGAUGAAAAGCUUCAAACUCAUUACUACUACAAUGAAGAAACAAAGAAGACUCAAUGGGAACAUCCUCUUGAUCAUGUUUAUAAAGAAUUGGUUAAGAAGGCCAGGGAUGCCUCUGUGCAAGAUGAUACCUGUGCAUCGGUUCAGGAACUUCUCACAUCAGAAGAAAACACCAAAAACCUUGAACGCGUUGAAACCAAAGUGGAGAGCGAAGAUGAAGAUUUAAGCACUGAUAGCGAACAACAUGUCUCUGAUGUUAAAGAUAAUGCAAACCCUGCGAUAAUGUCUGCUAGUAGACGUUUGACUCCUUUGGGAAGACCACCUUUAGCACCACUGUCUAGAUUGGAGAAAAAACUGAGUGAUCUGCGAAUUUCACCCUUAAGACGCAGUGUGGAAAGUCCAUCAUCUCCUAAACCGAAUCUAGUCAGAAAUAUAUCCGAUAGAGAUAUACUGAGUCGUCCCACGUUUGAGAGGCCUAAAAUGCUGUUCAAACAGCAAUCCGAAAUAAUUGAUUUGAAGAUGCAUGUUCUGACUAGUCCAGAAGAAGAAAAUUUUAGUCCACUCUUAUCAUCCGCUAAAGUAGAUAGAGGGUUACCGUUGACAGGCAAAGGAAAUAUGUUCCUCAAGAUAUCUCGUUCGAAUCUUCCCAGUCCAGAUACAGAAAAAUCUCUACAACUAGAUUCAGUGACUAAAAGUGACCCACCAAAGGGUAUUCUGCGAGAGAAAACAUAUGACGCGAUACAGAAAAAGGCUGAAAUUAUACUCGGGAAGGCCAAACAAACUCCGAGUUUUGAAGAAGAUAAGAAAAGCGUUAGGUUCAAACUGGAAAAUCUGCCGGAUCCUACAGUCAGUCCCGGAUCAAACAGUUCAUCAGAACAGAAUGAUGCUCAGAGCUCAAUACGAGCUGCCUUGCCAUCACCUACAUCAACACCUAUGAAUCCCAUAAAUCCUAUGCCUUUAUCACCAUUGGUAGCCAGACCUCCAUUACCUCCAAAAUUAGAUAGCCCCAGGGAUGUUAAAAGUAUUUCUGGUUCCGAAAGAGAUUCACUUGAUAGCGAAAGUUUAAAUCGUGGAACUUCUCCAAGACGUCGUCUUGUGAAACCGUCACCAGCGGAUUAUAUUAAACCCGAAUUGUUCCAGAAGAAUUUUCAAAAAAUUUCAGAUUUAGUCCGAAGAAGUGACAUUGAACCGACGCCUAUAACAUUGGAAGAGCCGUCGUCUGACAAAGAAACUAGACCGAGGUCACCGUUAAUACCAUUAAGAAACAAGAUAUCAAUUAAUCUAAUGGAGAGUAUCGAAUCUGAAACUUCGAUUGAUUCUCCUGAUAGAGAGUUCGCUAAUUUGGAUCUAAACGACUUAGAUGACUCAAACGUUAAAGUAACCGAUACAAAAGAUUCAGACAAGGAAAAUAGUCAAAAAACAGAAGAUUCAUCAGAUAAAUCACAAUCUAAAGUGACCGAAUCACUGCCGAAACCACGAGACCCGAUCCCUCAGAUAAAAGUUCCUAAAUUAGAACCUAUACAGAAGCAAAUGAAAAUUACUCAUUCAGAUUCAGAGGAUUCCAAGAAGAGUUCAAAAGAUGAUGAAGCGAAAACUAGCGGUAGAUCAAAUAGUAUAGAAAUACCUAAAGCUAGACCACAACUAAAACUAUCUCCAACACCUAGCCUAGGAUCAGAUAGGUCGCCUAGAUUAGAAUUCGCCAAAAACUGGUCCAGUCCUCUAACAACUUUCAAGCCGUUCAAUAAAAAUGUCAUAACGCCAUUGAAAUCGUCAGAUUCUGCGUCGAGUUUGGGCAAAGGUUUAACUAGUCCUAGGUUAGACGGUGUGAUUCUAUCUCAAGGGAAAUCUAGCACAGAUAACGUUGUUGUGGUAUAUCAGUUCGAAACGCAGGAAGAUACACCAAAACCGAUAAAAUCUCCAUUGAUACCGGAUAUGGGGGUCAGGGAUAUGUUUGAGAGGAAACAAGAUGAAAGGAGAAGAUUGGAGUUAGCUCUACAGAAGGAGUUAGAGAUUAUAAGAAUAGAAUUCAGUGCGAAAGAGAAGAGAAUGAGAUCGGAGUUGCAGGAAGAAUUGAAGGAAGCGGAAGAGAAGUUCCUGAACGAAAAAAUGGUCAGAUUGAAAGAACAAUCAGAUCGACAUAGGAGAGAAAUGGAUGAGGCUCUUACAGAAGCUGAAAGGAAGUACCAACAAGAGCUUCAGAACAAUUUAAAAGAACUUGAAAGAAAAUAUAACAAUGAUACCGAGACAGCUGCAAAACAAUACGAGAGUGAUAUGGCGAGACUGAGAAGCGAUUACAGUAGGAAGUUUAAUGAGUUACGAGAACAGUUAGAAAUAGAAAACGAACGAGCCUUAACUGAAGUACACAGUCAAUUGCAAGCAAUUCUGAAUAGAGAGAGAUCGAGAAUGAUAGAAGAGAACCGCGCUACCAUCGACACGUUAAGGGAGGAACACACGACGCGCGUCACCGACCUGAGACAUGACUAUAGAGCUGAGGUGGAGCGUCUCCGUGCUCAACACGCGUGUCACCUGGAGGAGCUACGGGCUCGACUGGCCGGGGAGAGGGCGUCCUCACGACGAGACGACCGGGCCGUGAUGGAUAAGUACAAGUGCUUGAAGGAGAAGUACGCGAGGCUGAAACAUGAUGUCAAGAUGUCUAUAGAGAGACGUAACAAGCGUCGUGAGAUGAGUAUGACGACUGGCUCGGAGACUGAGAAGUCAAACUCACACAAAACAAACAACCAGUCCUUGGAAAGAUGUAAAGAAUUGAACGAGACAUCUGUUAGUGUCGUGCUAGAGAGCGAGCCUCCUCGUAGGAACAACAAUCCAACUAUAAAAUUCACAGACGAAACAUCAUACUCUGAGAGUAACGCACAGAAAUCAUUAGAUAAUAAUAACGAAGAUUGGAAACAUAAGAGGGAUGUGACUCUACAAUCGGAUCCUUCUAAGCUGUCGUCGAAGCCUCGCAAACGUAAUGCAGUGGCCUUCAGAGAACCUCCGAGGCGAAGGCGGGACAAAGACACAGACGCUGGUACCACCGACUGUCAGGAUUCAUCAGACGCGACCACAGCGGACGAGAAACCUAAGGAAAAUAUAAAUGGUCACGGUAGACGUAGAUGUUUCACGAGAUUAAAAUCAGCUUCCACUUCAAGAUUGAAUUAUUCACCGAAGCGCGGUGAAGGUUGGUCGAGUCCUUUGGAAUGUCUUCGUCAACAAUUAAGAAAAUUAGACGACUUAGAAGAUCAGUUCCCAGACCUCGCCUGCCAGCCGGCAUACAGUCUGAGAUAUCCAUUCGGAGAGUUAGGUCCCGGUCCCACAGCUGAUACUCCAGAGCUCGAGUUCGUCCGUCACCGUGCGUUAGUGGAGCGUGAGGGUGUGAGGCGAGCAAGGGACGCGCUCCGCAGACGACGAGCCACACUCCGCGAGAGAGACAGACUGUCGCCGCACAGAGCGCCCUCGGUAUAUAUACACACGCACACACACACAUACACACACACACUCACUCACGUAUAUGUACAUGUAAGGACUAAGGACCCAGCGUAUGAGGAACGCGAAGCCACAGAGCUCGAGGUAGCGCUACAUCGAGCACGAGCGUUGCUCGGUGAGAAGGAAAUAAGGCUGAGACACAUCGAGCGGGCUUUACGCAAAUUAGCGGACGCGCAGCCGCCGCUCAUACAGGAGGCUACUACUAGUGAAGCAUCGUCUGGUAGUGAAGCCCCUCACGAAGCGGAAGCGGGUAGCGCAGUGCUUCGCUCACUGAGAGCACUUCACGCUGACGUCAGAGAUAUAUGGAGGGCCCUGGACGCACGUCGCCCGCAUACCGCAUCACCAGAGACAAGUUCAUGUAAUCCCACCACCUCUCAUACUAGAUUGACGAUGUCGGCUCCUGAAACCUGCAAGACGAAUCCUCACGAUUCGGACGCGAUCACUGAAAAAGCUAAAGGAUUGAGAGCGUGGCUUCAAACAGCUCCAUAA